AUGCAUCCAAAUCAGAAAAUUAAAAUAAAAAAUUAUUCAGUACGCAUUCCACAAUGGAAAAAAAAUGAUAAAGAAAUUCAACAAUUGACAAAGCAAUAUGAUCAAAUUGAUCCUGGAUCAAUUGCAACUUUUAAAGAUUUUCCAUUGACUCAAAAAACUCUUGAUGGUUUAGCUGAAGCUGAUUUUAUCAAUCCAACUGACAUUCAACGUGAAGCUAUUGGAGUUGUAUUACAAGGUCAUGACAUUCUUGGAGCAGCAAUGACCGGUUCAGGAAAAACUCUCUCAUUUCUUAUUCCAGUUCUUGAAUGUCUUUGUCGAGCUCGAUGGACGAUCAAUGAUGGUCUUGGCAUUUUAAUAAUAUCACCUACUCGUGAACUUGCAUAUCAAACAUUUGAAGACUUAAAAGGUGAACAAGAGCGUAUUAGUCGUACAAAUAUAAUUGUUUGUACACCUGGUCGAUUGCUACAACAUUUUGAUGAAACAUGGAAUUUUUCAUGUGAAAAUUUAAAAAUGCUUAUUAUUGAUGAAGCUGAUCGUACAUUAGAUAUGGGUUUUGCUGAAACCAUGAAAUCUAUUGUAUCUAAUUUACCCAAAGAACGACAAACAAUGUUAUUUUCUGCUACACCAACAAAAUCAAUACGUGAAUUAGCUUUAGUAAGCUUAGAAAAACCGGUUUAUAUAUCUGUUCAUGAAAAAGCAAAUACAAGUACACCAAUAAAUCUAACACAAAGUUAUAUCGUUUGUGAAGUACCACAAAAAGUUGGUCUAUUAUGGUCAUUUAUUAAAAAUCAUCUGAAAUCGAAAAUGAUUGUUUUCAUUCAAAUGAAAUUUCUCUAUAAUGUUGUAUGCAAACUUCGUCCCGGUUUACCAGUACUUGCAUUAUAUGGUACGAUGAAUCAAAUGAAACGGAUGUCAGUAUAUGAUGAAUUUUGUCGAAAACAAUAUGCAUGUUUAUUUGCAACUGAUAUUGCUGCAAGAGGAUUAGAUUUUCCUUCUAUUGAUUGGGUUAUUCAAUUUGAUUGCCCUGCUGAUGCUAAUACAUACAUUCAUCGAGUUGGACGAACUGCACGAUUUCAGCAUGGCGGAGAAGCUUUAUUAAUUCUAACUCCUCGUGAAGAGCAAGGAAUGAUUAAACAAUUAGAAGAUAAAAAAGUUCCUAUAAAAAAAAUUGAAGUUAAUCCAAAUUACAUUCAUGAUUUAACACCAAAGCUUCAAACACUUUGUGCCCAAUUUCCAGAACUUAAAGAAGAAGCAAAAAGAGCAUUUACAUCUUAUCUUCGUUCACUUAUUCUAAUGGGUAACCGAAAAGUCUUCGAUGUUAAAUCAAUUGAUAUAGAAGCUUUUGCUAGUGCAUUGGGCCUUGAAAUUGCACCAAAAGUUCGUUUUAUCAAAAAAGGACAAAAACAAGAACAAUCAACCAAUGAAAACAACAAUAAUAAUAAAAAUCACGAAGAAGAAGACAAGACUGAAGACGAAGAUGACGAUGAUAACGAUUUGUUUACAAUCAAAAAGACAUCUAACACACUUGAGCAAACAGUUAUUGAUUUACCCGAGUCAUCACAAAAAGAAAAAAAAUUAACAAAAGCUAAAUUAGCUAAACAGUUACGCAAGAAAAAUCUACUUGCUAACAAACGUAUUGAUUAUGAUGAAGAUGGAAAUGUAAGUAUUAUGAUUAUAAUUUCAUUAGAAAAAUCAAAUUUGAGAUUAAUUCAUGCGAAGCCCGUUGAACCGACCGUAACCGCAACGGCAGAGACCACGCAAACUAGCUCACGAUCAUCAGUGGUCGAUAGCAGUGAAAACAAUAGUGAAUCAUCAGACAGUGGUGAAGGAUUUGACUCUAGCGAAUCGACUCACCGUGAAGGAAGCAAAGAAUCCACCGAACAAGAAGAGAAGGAAGAAACCAAUGGAUCUGGCUCUGCUGAAUAA